CUCAAGUUCAACCGUUGCAAAUCUGAAGGUGUAGAAAAGUGCGAAUUGAACUGGCGUCUUUCGCAGAAAGAAAAGAAUUUUUUAGGAAAAAAACUUACAAGCAAUAUAAAUAAUUAAGCAUUUACGGAUCAUCAACAAGGUCGCGUAAAAAUCUCGGAGAUAAUUUACUAUAUUAGGCAAUUUCACUUGGAACGAUGUCGGACGAUGAAGACUAUAUGUCUGAUAAAUUUUUACAUCCCGAACAACGUGUUUCAUCGAGUCUUAUAUACAGGCAUUCCGAUAAAAGAGAAUUUACAUUGAUGAAGAAAAAGACUGAGAUUGAAUCUAGGAUGAGGGAACAAAGUAAGUCGAUACGGACAGUCGAAGUGGAAAAAAGGGAGCAAGGCUUGUCAUCUGCCAUCACUAGUGCAAAUAAAGGUUUUGAAAUGCUAAUGAAGAUGGGAUAUAAACCUGGUCAAGGAAUAGGCAAGACUCAAUCAGGAAUGACUGAACCAAUUCCAGUGGAAGUGAAGGUGGAUAGACAAGGUUUGGGAAAAACACUGAAGAAAAAAGACUCGCACAAGUGUGAAAACAUUAAUGCAAAGUUAGAUAACAUGGCUACUAGAAAUUUCCGUAGCAGGAUAGCUCAAGAAAAGACAGAACAGCUACAGAAGAUCGAUUUACAUAAAAGUCAAAAGGUGUGCCAAGAAUUAGAUACUAAAGAUGAUAUUGAAAAACCUCAAGAAUCAUGGUUUUGGCCAGAGACUAAGGAAGAAAAAGAAGCCGAUGAUUCUAAUGAUGACAUUGAGGAUGACGAAACGUUCAAUGAUUUAGAAAAACUUGAUAUUCUUACUAGAUAUUUAAGAAAGAAAUACUUUUAUUGCAUCUGGUGUGGAACAAAGUUCAAUGACGAAGACGAUUUAAGAGACAAUUGUCCGGGAAGUACAAGAAACGAUCAUUAAAUAUGUUUAACAUGGAACAUUACACAAUCAAUAACAUUAUGUUACACACACACACACACACACACACACACACACACACACACACACACACAACACACACAACACACACACCUCUUUCUCUUUCUAUUAUAUUAGAAAAACAAUAAAUAGUUAAUAAAUUUCGGACGUCGUUAAAAUCAUUCUUCAAUCUUGUCGACUAUGUGUUUCGGAAACACAAUAUAAUACGGACAAAAGAAAUUCAAGGUAAAAUUACAUUACUUAAAAUAUGUAGAAAUAAACUCAUUGUGUACACGAGACAUAAAAAACCCAUUAGCCGGUAUAAUGCAAAACAUUGAAAAAGUAAUGUCUCGGGCGAGAAAAAUCGAGCACCGAACAACUCUAAGAGCAGGGAAGUCAUUAUCCUUUACCACCUCGAGAUCCAACUAUGCUAUUAAAACAGCAGGGGAUUGCUACAACCCUCCCCCCUCCUCCAUUAACUUUUACACUCGACGAAGAGGGAUCAGAAAUUACCUAUAAAAGCAUAACGUUUGAUUGUGUCUUUUCUCAUUUUAUCCGGCAACUUGUACCGCGGUGAAUGUUUGUUAAAAGUACAUCAAUAAAAACAGUACUA